CCUGAGAUGAUGAAGUGCCCGCAUUUCAUCAACAAAGACUGACUGGUUCUGUUGCUGCUGUUGGGAAAUGAAGCAGGGAAGCAGUGGAAUGAGGCCGCGCCUGCGAUCCUUGGGUUCCNCCUUCCUGACCGCCGAGACACCCCGCCCACCCCGUCCCCCGGUCUGGAGCACCAGGGUCUCGCCGAUCCUGCCGAUUCCAACGACGGCGAAGCCGACUAUUGUGAGGGACAGCUCCUCAAUGCUUCCUCCCAGCCUUCACUCGUUGCAGAGAGAAUGAGGGACCCAAAGACUGGUGUUGGAACGCUACCGGUGCAGUUUGGUCUGCCGAGUUUUACGUUUGUGAGCGGGGAGGCUGUGUUGUGGGUCCUGGGGAAUGUGGAUGGCAUCCAAUCUGCACCCCAGGCUGUCAGCCUCCUCCAGAAUCUCUUGAGUGAUGGAUACAUAUACCAUGCAUCUGGGGACAAGAAGUUCCCCUUCCUCAAUGGUUUCUACCUCUACUACUUUGUCACCGAAUCUGGGAAGCUUCCAGAAGCGGAGGUGUCUCUUCCCCGCCAGGACCUGGCAGCCUUUCAGCAGGACUUUGUGGAGGUGGAAACCCUGCCAUACCCACCGAUGGCUCCAGAUCACGCGUUCCUCGCUCCGGAGACGCUCGCGGAGUCCGGGUCGUGGAGCCCGGGGACGUCCUUCAAGGAGGUCGACUUGGAGGUGGACGUGAACGGGAAGAGCGACCGCAUCGAGUGGGCCCACGCCCGCUAUCAGCGUCAUUACAACCCUGCGGUUGCC